AUGACAAUAUUUAGAAGUUUUUAUUCUUGUUUGAUCCUACAGGUAGCUCUUACCUUGGCAAUGGUUUAUGCACAGGACGAUCAAUCAGGUUUCAUUAGCAUAGAUUGUGGAAUGACCCCGGGCUUAAACUACACUGACAAAAGAACAGGAUUAAACUAUGUUUCAGACGCUGGCUUCAUAGACAGUGGAGUAAGUCAAAAAAUACUACCUGCUUAUAACUCUGCCGAACUUGAUUUGCAGCUCACCACGCUUACAAGUUUUUCUCAAGGCACCAGAAACUGCUACACUCUAAGACCCGAACAAGGGAAGGGUAAUAGAUAUAUGAUAAGAGCAAGGUUUACUUAUGGGAACUAUGACUUGAAAGGUCAGCCCCCGCGAUUUGAUCUCUACCUUGGAUCUGAUCAUUGGGAUACCGUUGACUUCAGCAUGUCUUUGGCAAUGGACUAUGAAAUUAUACAUCUCACCUCGUCAGACUACAUAUAUGUGUGCCUUGUAAACAUAGGUCUUGGCAUCCCGUUCAUUUCAGCAUUAGAGCUAAGGCUUUUGGAUAGCACCAUGUACGCAGGUCAGCUACAGUCACUGGCCCUCUCCGUACGCACUAAUCUUGGUACAUCUGAAACAGUAAGGUUCGAAGAUGACAAGUAUGAUCGAAUAUGGUAUGCACUGGAUUCUUCUAAAACCACUAAUCUGGUGACUUCUGGUACAGUUUCUUCAGGGCCUUCAACUAAAGAAAAAGUACCAUCAAGGGUUAUGAGCACUGCCAUCACAAUCGAUAACCUUACAGAUUACUUAUACUAUUCAUGGGAGGCUACUGACGCCAAUACAACGUAUUACAUGUACAUUUACCUUGCGGAAAUUGAAAUACUAAAAAGAAACGAGACCAGGCAGUUCAACAUUUAUUUGAAUGGAGACCACUGGGAAGGGCCAGUUUCUCCACUCGAUCACAUGACAAGCACAUUGUACAGCAGCUUUUUUAAUUCAUCAUCGUAUACACUUGCAAUGAAUAAAACCAAAAAUUCAACGCUUCCUCCUAUUUUAAAUGCUAUAGAGCUUUAUACUGCAAGGCAGCUCCUGCAAUGGCAAACAGAUGACAAGGAUGCUGCAGCAAUCUGGAGUAUUAGGUCCACGUAUCGACCAAAAAAAAGUUGGCAAGGAGAUCCGUGUGUUCCACAAGCAUCUACGUGGGUUGGACUUAACUGUAGCUACAAUGAUAGGAUGAAUGCUAGGAUCAUAUCCCUAAACCUGUCCUCGAGCGGAUUGGAUGGAGAGAUUGCUGCUAACUUAGCUAAUCUCACUAUGAUACAAUCAUUAGAUCUGUCCUACAAUAACUUGACAGGAGUUGUGCCAAAGUUUCUUGCGUCUCUAGAUUUCUUGCGGAUUCUCAACUUAACGGGAAACAAUUUCACAAAACCGUUACCAGCAGAGCUCCUAGCAAAGUCAAAUGAAGGAUUGUUGCUUCUUAGUAUUGAAGAAAUAAGCAAUCAAGAAAAAGUUUCUUGUCCCACGGGUUCAUGUAAAAAGAGUAAGAGCAACAAAGUUGUGAUUCCAGUGAUAGCAACAGCUACGAUAAUCUUCGUGAUAUUAACUGCAUUGUCCAUCUUGUGGAUAAUUAAAAGAAGGAAAAAAGUUAUGAAUGCAGAUCUGGAUAGUAUAGAAACAAGAAAUCGACGCUUCACAUUUUCAGAAGUACGGAGUAUUACUAACAGCUUCAAUACUGUCAUUGGGAACGGAGGUUUUGGAACCGUAUUCCAUGGAUCCAUUGGGGAUAACCAAGUUGCCGUGAAGAUGCUUUCUGAAUCAUCAGCUCAAGGUUAUAGGGAAUUUCAGGCUGAAGUGCACCUUCUCAUGAACAUUCAUCAUAGAAACAUAACUUCACUUGUUGGGUACUGCGACGAAGGGAGCCGAAAGGGUAUUAUCUACGAGUAUAUGGCUAAUGGAAACUUGGGAAUGCAUCUAUUUGAUAGAACUUCAGAAAUCUUGAGCUGGAGAAUGAGGUUACAAAUUGGACUUGAUGCAGCACAAGCGCUAGAGUACAUGCAUCAUGGUUGCAGACCACCAAUAGUCCAUAGAGAUGUGAAGUGUUCAAACAUAUUACUAAAUGAAAAUUUCCAAGCGAAACUAGCAGACUUUGGGCUGUCGAGAGCUUUUGCAACUGAAGGUGCGACUCAUGUGUCAACAGGAAUUGCGGGCACUCCUGGGUACCUUGACCCCGAGUAUUCCACAACAAAUAGAUUGACAGAGAAAAGUGAUGUGUACAGCUUUGGGGUAGUACUCCUAGAGUUGAUCACAGGCCGAAUGGCGAUAUCAGAACAGACGUUCAUACUUAACUGGGUCAACUCCAUUGUAAGGGAAGGAAGCGUUGAAAAUAUAAUUGAUACUGCGUUACAAGGGGAAUUUGAUAUAGAUACAGCAGGGAUGAUGCUAACAUUAGCGAGGGCUUGCGUUAAUAGCGUAUCCACCCAAAGGCCAACCAUGAAUAAUGUGGUGAUCGAUCUAAAGAACUGUUUGGAAGCCGAGGAAGAUUUUCAUAACGCCAUACCGGAUAAUAUAGAUGGAAGCAUUUCACUGGUUCCAGAUCUUAGAUAA